CAUGGGUCUUGCCAACACUCGCCUCGUCCCUCACCCGCGCACGUAUCCUCCUGCUGAGUUCGACUUGCCUAUGUCCGCGGCGUCGAGAGUUUGAUCUCUCUCCACCCUCACCACCCGCCGCGUCUCCAUGCCAAGCGCCCACGUCCUGCCGGGUCCCUUACUUCCUGCGCCGUCCAUACUCCUUUUCCGUCCACUCUCAAAAACCCAAGUCAUCAGUUCCUUGAAACUCGUCCAGCCCACGCACGCACGGGAUGAGAAAUUGGAGGCUGGCGAAGGGAGCGCAGGCCAGCGGUAAUCCUUUCAGGUAUAGUCCGCGUCCAGGAACCUUGAUACUGGAUGAGCUGUUGUUGUGUUGGUCACAAAGGACCCUGCACUCGGAUCUCUCCAUCGCUAAAACCACCACCAACGGUUUCCGAUUUGCUGCUGCCUGUUGGCCACUGAUUGCCUGGACAUCCUUCCUCAAGAGUCACUCGUUAGAGCACGAUGUGUUGGUGCGGGCUAGUCCUACUCUUCCUUCGGCUCAUUGUGCUGUCGGUGUUUGUAGAGUACAUGAUUGUAAAUUGUACAUUGGAGAGGGGACCGCCGCGCGAUCUCUCGUGGCUUGUGGGGGCCGGUUGUACGCCGCUUUUGGCUCGCACGAGGACGGUCGAUUGCGUGAUGGGUCGUUGUCGUUCUGGGAGCCAUUGUCGGUUCCUAUCUAUAUAAGUUCAAGGUCAGGUGGCUAUGUGCUGGGACUGGUGGUGGGACGAAGCGGAAGAAAGAACGAAUGCUGCUUUCUGUUGUCUGGGGAAGUCUCGAUUCGACGGACGCGUUUAUAUGCUUACGUUACUCGAAACGCGCCUGUCAAUAGCAAUGACACUGUCAAAACCACCCGGGCGUUCGUGGGGAUCGAGUUCGAUUGAUACUGCGGCUGGCGGGCGUCGGGUUUUGUGGCCCUUCCAUUCCUUACCCGUCUCACCCUCCUACCAUCCCCCAUGAUGAAGAAACCAGAAGCCCAUGAGCGAUAUCCCAUGGUCCCCAAGGUUCCCAACCCUCGGUACUUUCCCUUCCUGACACGAAUCUACCGCCCUUGAUCCUCUAAUUUGUUUCUCUUCUCACCGAAAUUACAGUAAAAAGCUUGACCUCCGAAAUUCUAAAAUUCGAACAUGGGCGCCGACUCGCCGCA